AUGAAUGUCCCAUUUUCAAUAUGCUCACCAAAAUUUAUAACAUCAUCAUUUGGAUAUUGUUUUAUGCUUCGUGUCUGCUCAACUAUCAUAUCUGAAAAUGAAAAUCAGGAAUAUUUAUCAAUUUACAUAACAUUACUUCGUGGAGAGUUUGAUCCAAUCCUUUUAUAUCCAUUCCCUUAUAACAUAUAUCUAUGUUUAUGUGAUCAAUCAAACCAAGGACAACAUAUUGUAUCAAUAAUUAAACCUAAUGCAAAGUUAUUAUCAUUUAUUUGUCCAACAGGCGAGAAAAAUGAUGAAGUUGGUAUAACUAAAUUUUGUUCAUUGAAAUAUCUCAAAGAUAUACACAGUAUUUAUCUCAAAGAUGGUGUAUUUUUCAUUCGAAUAUUUAUUGAUUUUAUGAAUACUGGAUUAAAUCCAUUUUCAGUUAAUAAUUGA